CUCCACCUACAGCAGUCCUGUCCUUGGGACUGCCUGCACCUUCCAUCUCCUGCUCAUCUCGCCUUGGGAGCUAUCGCUAUGGUGACCGUGUGCAGGCCGUCGCCCGCUACGGUCGCAGUGCUGCUGGCCCUCCUCGCCUGCUUGGGAGCGCUGGUCGACGCCUACCCCGCCAAACCCGAGGCCCCGGGGGAAGAUGCCUCCCCGGAGGAGCUGAGCCGCUACUACGCCUCCCUGCGCCACUACCUCAACCUGGUCACCCGGCAGCGGUACGGGAAACGCGACAGCUCGGACGCACUUUUCUCCAAGCUGCUGUUCCCCGACGGCGAUGACCGCCCGGUCAGGUCGCGGUAAAAGCGUUCCUCUUACCACACACGGGCCCCUGGAGCAUGGCCCGGCCCACCGGACCUCGCCCUGGCACCCUCACUUAAGACUUGCCCCGGCCUCGGCCUCCAGACGCGAUUCCUUCCCAUUCCCUCCUGUGGGCCAGAGGAGCCUACCCGUGCAGAAGACCCCAAGGCCUCCGGGGAGCUCUGCUAACUACACACACAUCAUGUGCAUAUUUGGUUCUGGGUAGGGCCCUCCGACCACUUCUCUGUGCCCCCGGUAUCGGGGCCUGA